AUGAAAUCGGAGGAUCCUUAUGUCGAACAGAAAGGACACCCAAAGUUUACGUGGUUUGUGAAGGGAGAGAGGGCACCGGGAGGAGGAGGGAGAAGGAUAGUGGAGACGAGCCGGAGAGAGCGAGAGUCGAUGACAGAGACGGAGGAACCAGAGGCGAAGGCGAAGAGACCAGAGGGACUAAGAUCGGAGGAUUUGAAGUUGUUGCGACUUGGAGGACUGGUAGAAUCCCAUGUAUCCGGAGAUGGUUUUUGA